GGGCGGAGGAGGCCGCGCCAUGUCCCCGCGCGGGCGCUGCCGGUGGGCGCUGCUGCUGGCCUGGCUGCCGGCCGGUUGCCUUUCCCUCCUGGUGACAGUGCAGGAUACUGAGCGUUAUACCACCUUAUUUGCCAGUGUCAUCCUCAAGUGUGACUAUAGCACCUCAGCUCAGCUGCAGGACGUGGUGGUGACCUGGCGCUUCAAAUCCUUCUGCAAGGACCCCAUCUUUGACUACUACUCAGCCUCAUACCAGGCUGCUUUAAAUCUUCACCAGGACCCAUCUAACGACUGCAGUGACAGCCAGCGAAAGGUGCGCAUUGUCAUCCAGAAAUAUGGGCAGAAAGAACCUGUGCUGGGUGUCGACUACCAGCAACGAAAGAUCACCAUUCAGAACCGGGCAGACCUUGUCAUCAGUGAGGUCAUGUGGUGGGACCACGGCGUGUACUACUGCACUGUGGAAGCACCAGGAGAUACCUCAGGUGAUAUGGACAAAGAAGUUAAGCUGAUUGUUCUCCGUAAGUGCCUGUGGUUUUUUGCCUGGGUUGUAGAUAUCUCCUGUUCUCUUCCUCCCCACCCCAAGAUGUCUCCAGAAGUGGAGAGGUGCUCAAUAACUUACUAUGCCCAAGUACAUCAGGAUCCUCUUUCUCUCUCUGUUUUUCCCAUAGACUGGCUCACAGUAAUCCUCAUCGUUCUCGGUGGCCUCCUCCUCCUCCUGCUGAUUGGAAUAUGCUGGUGCCAGUGCUGCCCCCAGUAUUGCUGCUGCCACGUCCCAUGCGUCUGCUGCCCUACCCGGUGCUGCUGUAAUGAAGAAGCACUGGAACGGUACCGGAUCAUGAAGCAGGCUCAGGCACUUGCACCUUGGAUAUCACCCAACAUGUUCUACAGAGGUGGCGACAGGAACUCACAACUUUCGACUUACCAGCUGAACCCUCUACUGCAACGAGAUGUGUCUCUGCAGAACAGUCUUCCACUGGCGCAGCCACAAGCUCAGCUUUCCACUAAAAAGGGUGUUUUGGACUAUCUGGAGUCUGAAAUCCAAAACCUUACCAUGUCACAGGUCCAGCCACCCUCCCACCAGCGGCAGGCUGUGCAGCCCAGCCUGCUGUCCUCCCUGGGCUCCGAGGUCAUGCCACCUCCUCUCACUGAUCGCAUCUCCACCCAUGGGAGCAACUCUUCGUGGCCACAGAGAGCUGCCUGCACCUCUAGAACCUGGGACUCUGCAGCAGAGGACAGGAGGGAAAACCGGAGGUGGCCGUUGCCUUCCAGUGGGGAUUCUCAUUCCAGCUACAGCCGGGAGCCCUGGGACAGGCAGCGAGAGGACCAUCCUCAGAGGCAGAGGUCAGAUGGCUACAAUGGCAGGCCUCUGCGCUCCAGAUGGGAUGCGUCACCCCCACGCCAGGCUGACAGGGGCAAGAGCAGCAGCAGCAGCUGCAGUUUCUAUCCGGAGGAGGCCAAGGAGCGCUCCAGCCAUCAUUGUGGUGGGAGGCAGGAGCCCACACGGAGGCGAGACUACCAGCACCACACCAGCAGAAGCAAUAGCUCAGGUCAGCGGCGGCAUAGCUACUCUCCCCCCUCUCGCCGGGGGUCAUGGAGCUCCUCAGAAGAGCAAGUUCAUCUCCCAGUGACAAACCGCAGGCGGCGGUCCCGGUCUCGGGAAUGGCUAGAAGAUAAACCCCCCAGUUACUGCUCCUUAGAAAUCAUCCCAGGUCAGGAAAAGAAGCACAAAGGCAGUGCAGGGCCACGCUCGGACAGAGGAAGUUCCCACAGCGGAAGAAGCAUCGUCAUUUAAUGCCAGUACUGAAAGAACUAAGAUUCUCACUGGACUCCUCUUAGAUUUUCUACUGUGUAGGUUGGGAUGCUGCUCUCAAUUGAACAGGCAAUCAGUGGAAAAAAAAAAGAAACAGAUGAAGCAGCUUCCACUUAGACUUACAGCUCCAAAGGAUCUAUGGCUAGUGCCCAGGAAAGCAAAACAUAACCCAUUUUUGUUCUUGCUCUGAUUUGGAAACUUAGGUUUGCAAUGGGGUAUGGUCCAUUGAAAACAUACUAUUGGAAACAGCAGGUAUUUUUCAGUAAAUGGUAUGUUCCCAAUUUUUAAAGAGAAAUACCAGUUGUCUUUGUUAGGUGCCCUGGCACUGCAAGGAGCCCAAUUCAUAGAAUGCUGGUCCUUUGCACACUGGUUACUGGAGAAGGGCUGCAAUGAUUAGAGUUAUGAAUAGAAUAAUUUAGGUUGGAAGAGGCCUCCAAAGGUCACCUGAUCCAGUCCCCUGGGAGUUUGGUGUAGGAAGGCACAGCAUCUGCUUUCUGAGGUCCUCUGGUGUGCUUCAGAAUGUGUAAUGUUUGCUGCUUCUGCCAGGCUGCUCAGCAUAGUUGGAGCAGUUGCUUCCUUGUCUCUCCCAAACAGAAGGAUCACCAAGUUGGAAGGAUGUUUGACUGCCGUAAUAAGGGCUCACUAGCAUGUCUGCAAAUUAGCAGCUUACCUGCCUUACACCGACUGAAACAACCUGCCCUACAUUAAAUUUAUACCUUAGGGCCUUAAAAGACACUUUUUCUAGCCUUUAACCCAGGCUUGAAUUUAUUUGUAAACUUAAAGGGCUGAAUUGACCAGGGUUUGGCCAUCUCUGCAGGAACUGAGCUUGCUCAGUACCAAAUACUGUCCCUCACACUAUGGACCAGAAUUUCCUUCAACUCUAGGAAGCAUGGUUUUAGUGGAUGUAUCUUUCCUAAGCCAUGUACUUUUCUAUGCAUUUGAUAUUCUCCCUUCGCUCUCUGUGCCAUGUAUCAUAUACAUGGAGUGGUAUAAAGGGCUCUGAAGAAGUCUUACAGUUACUUUUUUUUAUUAAUAUUAUUAAUAUUUUUAGUAAUUGAUCCUUACCCUGAUACUUUAACCAGCUCUGCAUAUGUGGUGCAUCUGAUCUGUAGCUAGAUUGCAGGGGUUUCCCAUCUCUCACCUCACAACUAGAACAGAGAAUUUCUUUAUGCUCUAAGACCAGUUGUGAAGGAGAAGAACUUGCCAUUUAUCCUUGAUGUGAUUCAUCCACUGUUUUCAUUUAAAACGUGCUGGACGUUGAGAGGUUCUCUGGAUUCUGGCUGCUUCCACAGGAAACUGGUUUGCCAAAGGCACUUCUUAGAUUCAAGAGACUCAACUGUUGGCAAGAAGCUUUUGGAGCAUCUUGCACGUUAUUUUGUAACCCAGAGGCACUAGCUUGGCCAUUAUCAAUGACUGCAUUGCCUCGCUUAUUUUCCUGCCAGUGCCACAGGGGACGCUUGCUACUAUUUGUUCUUUAAUGUCCUAAUUACUGAUGUGUUUAUGCUUUCCCUUGGAAGACUGGGAGAGGCUUUCACUUUGCCCACUUCCUUUUUCUCUUUUCUUUGGACAGUGAUGGGAAGCAUCAUGCUUGGAGCAAAUGCUCCUAGCUGGAUAUCUGAUGCAGUUACUGGUUGACCAAAAGCCACUACAAAAAGUGCUCAUUUUCCUACAGUUUCUUGGCUGACAGUGCUUAUUUCUAAUUGUGUGUAUGGAGAUAAAGCAGGAGGACCCACUAGCUUCUCUGGUUGACUUUGUUUCAGAACCAGAGGUUUACUUUUGAAGAGAGAGGGGCUGUUCACCAGCAGUUGAUGGCUAGCACAAAUGAAGAGCUAAAAGAGUGAAAAGCCUAACUCUGAAGUUUGAAUUCAAGAAAGGAAGGCUGUAUUAAGCGUAGUCCUUGUCUCCAUUAAUGCCAAACUGUGAAUAAUGUGACUGACCCAUGAGUUACAUCUGAAAUACAGGGAAUUAAGUGUGUUCUCAGAACUUGCAAAGCCAGUAUCACUCUUGAAUCUGGUUCUCAGUCACUGGCUGUCAAUCAUUUUUAUUCUCAUUUAAUGAUGUGCUGAGGACUUUAUGUACCCCCUCUUCUACAACGUGCUAGUAUUUUUAUUAGUUAGGAGGAGUUUGUGGUGACUGAAAUGACAGAAAAUAAUAUGGGUCUCCUUCUCCCAAAACUAGCAUUCUGUUCUGACUUCAGCAUUGCCCCGUGGCAACUUUUAGUGGAUACUCAGGGCCCUGCAGGUACUACUUUUGGAAGCUAAAUUGGUGGUUUGGAAUUUGACUCUCUCUUUAUGCUUCCAAUAGGUCCAUGAAUCAUGCAGGAAAACUUCCUGUCGUCUCAACCCAGCUCAAAUGUCCAGGUUUCAGGGAAGGGCUGCCCCUCUCUCCAUCAAGAGUAGAGGCUAUUGAGACAUCAGGUGAGAUCCCAGGAUGCAUUCACUUCCCUUCGCAUUCAGUUGUGUAUAAGCCAACAUGCAUCCAGCACAUUUUCCCAAGAGCAAGAGCCCCCUCACAGAGCAAGAAAACUCUUGAAAAGAAAGCAAGAAAACCCAGAUGACUCUGUGUAGCAGUAGGAGCUGUUGAAGCUUGCUGCUGUAGAACGAGCACAUUAAGUGCAGAGGUUGUGCUUUUUAUCCAAAUCCUGUGAAGGAACUCUCCAUCCUUAUUUGUUCCUCUAGUCUCCAUAAUUGAGCUAGGGUGACUAAUUAUAGAUUGUGUGAGCUUAAUUUGUGCUGGGCGAAGUCUGAAGAGUUUUAUCUUUAUCAUACCUGAGCUCCUCUUCAGUCAUUUUGUCCAUGUUUAUAGAAACAUUAAACAAAACCCUUCAGGGAAAACUGAUUGUAUCUCAGUCUUAACUUCUUAAAUUGCAACAGAAGUAGAUUAGAUUGUCCAGCAAGGAAGCAGAAAUGGCACCAGGUUUACUGGUUUACACAGGUUUACACAGACCACUGCAGUUCGUAAAACACCAGUUGGUGGGCUGUGAAAUAAUGACAAAGGAAAUGUAUAUAUUCGUGCUUUACAAUUGCAAGCAGACAGAAAAGUGGAAACAAAAAAGGGAGUAUGUUUCACAUAUGGGAGUUAUUGCCAUUCUCGACUUCUAUUCUUUGUGUCAUGCACUUAAAGGGAUAUACCUUACGCCCAAGAAUGAAUUUUCUGUCUCAGAUAAAGUGCCUUAAUGGCCACUGGAGUUACCCUAAUUUAAAAUGAGUAUGUAAUGAUUAAGUGACCAUGUCACAUGGGCAGAUAAGGAUGCUGCUCCUGUCCCCUGCUUUCCACCUCAGACCAGAGAUUCAUGAGAGAGAUAAAAAAAUCAUGUAAUUUUAAUUUGAUUAAGAAAGGACUUGCAAUAUCUGGCUUUCUUGCUUAUUUGCAGAACCCCCUAUCAUUCUGGCAUGCCAUUCCAGGAAUGGAGGGCAAGGGCUGCUUCUUGUGCAAUCAUUGAUCUGGUCUUGGCAAGUGCCUGUUUGGCAGUAGAAAGUGCUGAAAAGCCCAGUUGCUAUGUCUGGGGUUGUAUCCAUGAUAGCACUAGCUAAAGUUAGGCUAACUUCGGGUCAGGGGAAGUUACCUGGUGUGGUAACAACCACAAUGCAAAGCUCUUCAGUGGUAUGUAUUACUACAUAGGGUAGCUAAGCCCCCUUUGUGUUACUACCUCCAGCAGCACAUCAGUUUAAAACACCCACUCAAUAUGCUUAGUGCCUUUCAUUUGUCAACCUGACAUAGGAGGGAGAUGACACUUGAGGUUAUGUUAAAUUAACCUCCUCAAGUAAUGACUGCUCCUUGCUGUUUCUGCUAAGUUUAAUGCCUAUAAUGUGCCUUGUGCUCGUCUUCUGAGUAUUAUUGCAUCUAUAAAAGCAGAUGGUAAGUGUGUAGAUUCUUUUCAAUGACUGUCAAAUGUAUAAUUAAAAUAUAAGAGAUCUUUCAACUA